AUGGCUACUGCUGAUGGUCCUGCUAGGGUGCAUGACCGGAAUGUACGUCGCCGUCCAUUUUCAAACUGGGUGAAACGCCUGGCGAACCUUAAGAGUUCCUCCGACUCUGCGACAAAUCGAUGGUCCAACAAGCGCUACACGGGCACCAAGGGCAAGAAGAGCGAUCAAGAAAACAACCCAUACCCACUCUCUGGAACCAUCAAGCGUGACACAGGGACUCGGACACCGACCGACUCAUACAUAGAUGAUCAAUGCGGUGCAGACCAUCGCUCCAAGAGCGAUCCAUCUUUAUGCUCAGGCUAUGAGAACCCGGCUCCCCUAACAAGCGCAAAAUCAGCUGCGCCAACCAUUUCAACCAACGGCGACGCCGCAUUAUCCGAAGCGGCAUAUUCCAAAGCAGGCACAUUGGCAACUGGUACUGAAGGAUUCAGCACGCAUGGAGGAGGAGAGGGUAGCACCUUCUCGUCACCUGCACCUUCAAUUCGAUCGAUGACCACUACCCUGACCACUGUUCACUCGGCGGCACCCUCGACCCAACUGUACAAUGCGCAAAAUAACCACAAUGGGCAUCAUCACCAUCAUGGCAGCUCGAUGCAGAGCUCCUCGAACCAGCAGAUACAAUUUUCCCACCAAUUUCCUUCAACCUCACCCGCUACCGCAGUCCCAUCGCACCUGGUGCCCCAGAGCCAUGCGAUGACGUACAGCGCCGCAACCGCAAAUAAUGCCUUGACGGAUAACGCCUCUCUUCUAACUCUGGCAAGCUCAUCUAAGCGCCGUCGCCGUAACUCCCUGGACACCAAUGCAUCUGUACGCGGAUUGGCUCCAUCUUCUGUCUUCGGCGGUAGUCGGGAGAGCCUGCCGCUGAGUGUUCUGAGUGGGAAUGCCACGGAGGUAUCCAACACCUCUGUUUUUAGUGCGUCUGGGGUACUGAGCCGACCAAGCAUUGUUGGCCUUGCUAGUGCUGAGCGCAUCAGUGUCUACUCGGCAUCCGGAGUAAUUCCGCUAGCCAGCACCGCUGCGGAGCGCGGCAGCUUGUACACCACCAAGCCAACCGCCGGCGGUGAUACGACCAGCAUUCGCAGCAGUGUCCACUCGCACAGUCGAAAUGACAGCACUGCCCCCAGCAUCGCCGGGGGCAUUGGUAGUCAGUUAGCUCUGGCUGGUCGCAUGAGCCGAAGAAGUUCGGGCUGGGGAGAAAUUACCGGCGAGGAAGGCAAUAAUGGAAAGCAAGUUGAAAAAAAUGAGGAUGAAAUGGCGACCAAGGAUCAAAACGCCUGUCCCAUUGAGCCGCUCAAAAAUUGA